AUGUUUACCGAACGCUAUGGGAACUAUCAAAACUAUUACUCUAUGCGAGGCGAUGGAUCUGUACUAGAUUCUCGAAUCAAAGCUUUACCAUAUGAUUUAUUUGAAAACACGUCUGUUCUGGAUGUCGGCUGUAAUAAUGGAACUAUAACAACGCAGGUUGCGUCUUUAUUUAACGUAAAGUAUGCUUUAGGAAUUGACAUUGAUUUAACGUUGAUCAAGAAAGCAGAGAAGCAUCUUGAAUUUGUUGCUUCGAGGAUCGGCCCUUCGAAUGACCACUGUCCGAUGAUUUCAAGACACAAUUUUUACCCAAUAUCCAGCAUAAAAAAGUUUUCAAGGAUCCAAAAAAAGUUUCAAGGAUCCUUAAAUGAACAAGGAUUUCCUCACAACGUUCAGUUUCAAGCCGUGGAUAUCCAAAGAUGGCAAUCCAAAAAGCGCUUUCACACAAUUCUAGCCCUCUCCAUUACCAAGUGGAUUCAUUUAAAUGGACUAGACGAAGGCUUGCUUGCAUUUUUUAAAAAUAUGCAUGCUGUUUUGGAAACAGACGGUGCACUUAUAAUAGAGCCUCAGUCAUGGGAUUCGUAUCUUAAAGCAGCAAAAAAAAAUUCCAUAUUUGAGAGAUCACUUCCUAAAAUUCGUAUACGGCCUGAAAAUUUCCCUGAAAUUUUAGAACAAAAUGGAUUUGAUCUUCAGACUGUUGUAAGUUCGGAAGACACGAAACCAAAAAAUUAUGAACAGAAAGGUUUUUUAAAAAGAGAUGUAUUCGUAUAUAGGAAGAAAAGAAAUCCUUAG